GAACCAGCGAGCCUCGGACCGCUCGUCCCAGAUCCAACGCGGGCAGUCCGGGUCUGUCCGGUGCAGUAGCCCGGCGCAUUCGCUUCUCACCCUCCCUUCUCUUUCUCCCUCCCUUUCUCUCUUCCUCGCUUUGCCCCUCUACCUCCCCUCCCUCUCUUGCCUCUUAAGUUUCCUGCACCGUGAAUCCAACUGUGCCAAGCCUAGGCUCCCGCGGAACCAAUCCUGAGCGCGACCCGGGCCCUGGGACGCGGACUCUGCCGAGGCUGGACUAGGCAGCGGGACCGGUCCGCGCCCGAACAUGGAGAUGAAGCGUCAGGGAGGGCAUGUCCGGGACGCCAGAGACGCCAGGCCCGAGUAGCUCCUCCAUGGAGCCUUCGCAGAGCGGUCCCUGCUUGCCGGAUUCGCCCCCAGUCCUGUGCGGCUGCUGAGAGCGCUCCUUGCUCUGUAAAGUGGAUGUCAGGUGGAUCUAUGUUUUUGAAGGAACAAAGACUCAGAGAAGGCACCGCCGAGGAAGUUUGAGACGCGGGAGGAUGCAGGCUACGUGCUGGUACGUGCUUCUCCUCUUGCAGCCCACCGUCUACUUGGUCACAUGUGCCAAUUUAACAAACGGUGGAAAGUCAGAACUUCUAAAAUCAGGAAGCAGCAAAUCCACACUAAAGCAUAUAUGGACAGAAAGCAGCAAAGACUUGUCUAUCAGCCGACUCCUGUCACAGACUUUUCGUGGCAAAGAAAAUGAUACAGAUUUAGACCUGCGAUAUGACACCCCAGAACCUUACUCUGAGCAAGACCUCUGGGACUGGCUGAGGAACUCCACAGACCUUCAAGAGCCUCGGCCCAGGGCCAAGCGAAGGCCCAUUGUUAAGACGGGCAAGUUUAAGAAAAUGUUUGGAUGGGGUGAUUUUCAUUCCAACAUCAAAACAGUGAAGCUAAACCUAUUGAUAACUGGGAAAAUUGUAGAUCAUGGCAAUGGGACAUUUAGUGUUUAUUUCAGGCAUAAUUCCACUGGUCAAGGGAAUGUAUCUGUCAGCUUGGUGCCCCCUACGAAAAUAGUGGAAUUCGACUUGGCACAGCAAACCGUGAUUGAUGCCAAAGAUUCCAAGUCCUUUAAUUGUCGCAUUGAAUAUGAAAAGGUUGACAAGGCUACCAAGAACACACUCUGCAACUAUGACCCUUCAAAAACCUGUUACCAGGAGCAGACCCAAAGUCAUGUGUCCUGGCUCUGCUCUAAGCCCUUUAAGGUGAUCUGUAUUUACAUUUCCUUUUAUAGUACAGAUUAUAAACUCGUACAGAAAGUGUGCCCCGACUACAAUUACCACAGCGACACACCUUACUUCCCCUCUGGAUGAGGAUGAAUGUAGGGGUGAGACUGAAGCCUGAGGAAUUCAAGGUCACAUGACAGGGCUGUUACCUCAAGAAGAAGGUCCCAUCUGUUGCCUGGAAUGUGUCUACACUGCUGCUCUCGUCAACUGGCUGCAAAUACGCUCGUGGAAAACAAUCUGAUGUAAUUUCUGCCCAGUCAGCUUCAUCUCUCAGUAUAGUUGUAAAUCACCACAGAUUCUAAAGCCACACUUGAAGACAUGCUCUCACACAUAGAUGUACACAGACACACUCUCAUAUACAUUUCAGCUGGCAUCCGUCAUGAUUCCUGUCAAGAGGGCUUUCGUUGUCUGACUCAUAAUGGUUCAGGAUAAAGGAUCAUCAAGCAAAAGGAUUAACUAGACAGUGAAUGGUUUUUAGCACUUGCUGUUAUGCAAAUCUCCUUUAAAGUCUUGAGUACAUGCUAAUCAAUAAUCCCCACUCAUGCAUUUCUACUGCUUGGAGUAGCUGUACUGGUAAAUACUACUGUAGGAGUAUAUGCUUGUUAAAAUGGAAAAAAAAAAUGUGUCUUUAGAGCUCAGUAUUCUUUAUUUUAUGAACACAACAAGUGUAGUAACUUUUUCCAGCAUUCAGUAGGCACAUUCAAGGUGAUACAAGAUGCCUCUUUUUUCUAUGGAGGGAGCCUGUUCUCAGUAAAGAUGAGCAAACAUUUGGAAUUUACAUGUGGGCAGACACUGGAUUACAGCUUUCAUCACCAAUCACUGGACUUUUGCAAAGUCGAGACCAGCUAAGGUUGCUUAAGAUAAGUUCUGAUCAUUAUAUAAGAAGGGAAAUGCCUGACAGACACCAUGUAAGUUAUGUGUCUGUCUUAUCUUUACUACACAUAUUGUAACAAAUUCAAUAUCCUAGUCUUCAUUUGUAUGAAUGGUUUGUAUUGUACAUAGUUUAACCAAGUGUUAUUUGAGCUGCUUAUUAAUAUUAACUAUGUACUUGUCUCUCUGCUUGUUAUUGGUUAAAAAAGAAAAAAAAAGGAUAUGAGGAAUCCAUUCUAUCAGUGUAGCUGUGAACCCCAUUAAAAAGACAAACUUAAUGUACAAAGCAUUUAUUCAGCUCAAGUAUUGUUGAAAGCUAUACAUAUACAACAUUACAGUCUGUCUGUAUUUAGAUAUUUUAUUUCUGGACAAAUGAAAUGUACAUAAAAAUAAAAUGCUUAAAGUUGAGUUUCAA